AUGACUCCGUUUGAUGGGACAUCUUCAUUCUUGUUUUCCAACAAUGCCCAACAUUCGUCAAAUUCUUCAACGAAGGCUCUAAAGCUGUAUGGCUCUCCACACAGUGCUAGCACACAGCAAGUACAAAUUAUUCUGCACGAGAAGAACAUCCCAUAUGAAUUGAUCGACCUCGAUAUUAUGUCUGACCCCGAAAUUCAAGAUUUAAUACGACAACCUUCUAGUGCACCUGAAGACGACGGCUUCACCUUAUGCGAGUCCCGAGCUAUAUGUCGAUAUCUUGCUACAAAAUAUGCCGACCAAGGGACUAAACUAAUACCCGAUGCAUAUAACAUGAAGCUUGGUGCACUGUUCGAGCAAGCGGUUUUCACAGAGGUAUUUGCUUUCGAACCGUAUGCGUCAAAAGCCGUUUAUGAGAAGGUCACCAAACGAUCAAAAGGUCUUGCUCCCGAUGAAGCAAUAUUCGCAGGAUCUGUUGCCGCAUUGUCGUCAAAUUUGGAAGGGUACGAGAAUAUCCUCAGUAGACAGAAUUACCUUGCAGGGGAUGACCUCACUCUUGCGGAUUUGUACCACAUACCAUAUGGAACAAAGCUCACAGACGCCGGGAGCGAUAUAAUGACAAGAAAAGGGCCAAAUAUCACUCGGUGGUGGACAGAAAUCUCAUCAAGACCAUCGUGGGCAGCUGUCCGAAAUGGUGAACCUGUACAAGCUUAA